AUGGUGGUGAACACGAUCGGUGCCGUCAUUCCGCGAGCCGUCGAUCGCAGCCAGCUCGUACAGAAUCGCUUCAACCCGUCGUACGCAUCCGGCGGGCUAGAACUGACCAUGCCGCUCGCACCGGGCUACGGCUCGCCGUACGACCUUUCGCCCGGUGGCUCUCCGUUCUAUUCGGGCCACUCGUUCGGUCAUCAUCCGGUGCAUUCGCUCGUUGCUGCCGGCGAUGGUUCGCAAGGGUACGGGAUGAAGUUUAGCUCGUCGGGCGACGGGUACGGGGCCAGCGCACACGGUAGCUCCGGCGGAUACGAUUACCACCCACCACCGCCCCCUCAUCCUCCGCCACCACCACCGCCGCACCAUCAAUCACCGCCACCGUCCAUCAUUCACUCGCUGCCGCCACUGUGGCCGGGCCCCCCAUCACACGGCGGCAAGUCGGGCAAGGGCAAAGGGGCUGCACUGUCCGCGCUCACGCUGCUGGCGUUCCUGUACUUUCUCAACCUGCUGCAAAGCUGCCUCAAGGACCACAUGGAAACAAUGAACCCCACCGUAAUGGUCAUGACGGCCGGUGCAACACGGCGCAAGGACAUUGCGGCAAGUCUGGAGCAGGGAUCGGCCUCGGUCGAGGAUGCACCCCGGGCAGGAUCAAACACCGGCCCGGACGCGGAUGCUAUCGAGCGUUACGAAGGGCUGUCACACCGCUACCAGCUGCUCACCACCUCCAACGGCACGCGCAAUCCCUUCGCCACGCACCCGGACCGUUCGGAGCGCCCGCAGACGACGCGCGGUAGAAAACAGCCUUCUGCAACUACAAGCUCUUCGAAACGGAAGCCAUCGAUGCACUACCCCGGAAGUGAUUGGUACGAUCGAAACUAGAAAGUGAGCGGGAGAGGGGGGACCGCUUCGAAGCCGAUAAGUGAAAAAGUUGUUAAAACAAUAAAUAAACAUUUGGCUGUGUGCGAGAACGCGUCCGGGGAAAAUGGAUUUUUGCUAAGAGCUCCAUCCUUUCGCUCCGGAUUUCCCCCCUACAGUAGUGUGAAACAACAGUGAAACAGCGCUUCCCGUAAGACACUAGGCAGGAUAAUUUAUGACCGACAGGGCCGAGAGUGGGG